UUAAGUUUUCUACUAACCGCAACCUGCUUAGCUGUAACCAGUAUUGCGAUCUUCACCAAGAAGUGUAUUAUCAAUCUAGUUUUUCUAGAGGAAAAAAAUGUGGUAUUCAGCGCGUUUCUGGCAAGACGUUACUGACACCGAGUGUCGUGCCAGAUGGAAUGCUAAGCUAGCGAGAGAAGGGCGAGGCGCGAAAUGCAGGGAUCCGGUCCAACAAACACUGUCAGACACAGCUUCCGCUGACUACAAUGCGCAUUACUUGGUCCCGAGGAAACCGAGAAGUACUGUUCUUUCAUUACCGCAAGGAAGGACGAAGAAAUUCACAUGGAAAUUUUGUGUUCCUACUGGGUCCGUCAUCUCCAAUUCUGUUUUCUGAUCGUGCUAGAAUCAAUGAACAACCACCCAACACACUUUUUGAUCAUUCAUCGAGUUUCCAUUUGCCAUACCCAUUCCCACCCAUUCAUCUCCAAACCCUUCACAGGCAACGUCCACAACUGUGCGGGCACUCUGCAGAAUGGGUAUGAAACACCAAACUCCUUCAAGUAUGGCGGUGGCAGUGAGGCUAGUUUUGAUAUGGGAGAACCAGGCAGAGGAGCCAACGAUAUGUGGGAAGUGACAGAUGGCUCCUUGUUCUAUUCACCAACGUGUGGAUAUUUCAGGUAUCUAUUUGCUUGUUUUUAUAUGGUUCUUUGAAUCAAUACUGUAUUUUUUUCGAGCUAAGUACGUAGCAUUGAACUCAUUAAAAGCAAAACCCGUCUGAAUCCCUAAUAGAUACAAAUUCUUCCAUCACAAGUUGUUCACAUUGAUAGAGAAGGGGGGUAUUACCGCAAGGUGGGGGUAAGCGCCCUUCCUAAUAGAUAUAGAGAAGGGGGGUCACUGAUAGAGAAGGGGGAUAUCUAUCAUAGAUAUAGAGAAGGGGCGUAACUGAUAGAGAAGGGGGCUAUCCCUCAUAGAUAUAGAGAAGGGGGGGCAUCCCUAAUAGAUAAAUAGUGGUAACGGGGCUUCCCAUAUUCCCUUCCUAAUAGAUACAACUCCUUCCCACAACUUUCAUUCCCAUAUUUUUACCCCCAUUAGUUACCACAUCAACCACCAACAAAUGAAUCAGAAUCGGGCAAAUGAACCCGAUGAAUAACAAUUCCUCGCAAUUUGCAUGUUGCAUCCGAAACCCGCGUGCAGCUAAGUAUGAGGGCUAUGAUUGGCGCUUUCAGAAGCGAGUGCAGAACAGAGCUAGCAAUCCUAGGAUGGGAAAAUCAGCAUCAGAUGUGGAUCUGCUUUUAUGAACGGACACGCACUUUCCAUGCACUUGCUGAACAUCUUGCCUUUUGGGCAUGAGGUUUUCAAAUCGUCCGUUGGCUACAGUGUCGGAAAGUUGAUUGCUUCGCAGCACAUGGAAGCGUACCCAAAUCGACCGGGAGGGGAGUGUGGGAAAACGAAGUAAAAAAAGCAGAUCCACAUCUGUUGCUGAUUUUCCCAUCCUAGGAUUGCUAGUCAGCAUCAGAUGUGGAUCUGCUUUUAUGAACGACCACCUGCUAGAGAAUCUUUUUCUUUGUCUUUGAUUCUUCUUCAGCAAAUUUCUCCAAGGAGGAAACUAGAAGAAGAAGAAGAAGAAGAAGAUACAAGAGGAUAAACCUUCAAGUAACUAUCAACAGAACUCAACAGUUUCUGCUUGCACAGGAAUUUAAAGACGUAGCUUUCCCACAAGAAUCCAUCUAUAACUAAUUAACAUCAUUCGAAUACUGCCUCCUAAAAACGGUUAGGUCUAAUUCUGCGUGCCAUGAGAGGCCUUCGAACGGACGUCAAGGAGAUGAAGACGAUUAGGCGAGCAAAAGAUGGCGCGGUCGUAGCGGAGUAAGACUAAAAGUACAUCUUCAGUGUACUGUACUAGGUAGAUUGAGGUGUUAUAGCACACUUCAACUGCAUCGAGAACUGCAAGAUGAAAGUUUCGAACGAAGAACAAAAUCGAGUUUAAGAUUUGAGUGCAUGUCCGUCAGAAAUCAAUCAAAAGUGUUGUUUAGUCAUAUUAGAAGCCGAAAUGGUAAAAGAAAUUGAACACCGAGUAUUGACUUGUAUACGAACAAUCUGUACAUGUAGCACUAUGAUUGGACUUCAAAUGCAACUAUACAACACAUACCUGAAUUCUAGAAUGAUGGAAUUCGAUUCUGUAUUUUUGACGUCAUCAUAGCUAUGCUAAUUGCGAGCUCCUCAUAUUUUGACGAUUCAUAGCGUUACCAGAGGCAAGUGUAAAACUGAUGUCAUGAUUACGAUCGAAUUCGAGUAGGUAUAUCUAUAUCUGAACAGCAAAUGAAAGCUGCCUCUGAAGAGCAACAUGUUGCCCACAUGAAGAUAGCGUCAAUAUGACACAUCUGUGCAUCAAUUGACUUGUUGCCAAAGGGCUUACAACCAUAUUAAGGAAGGACUCGUCACAGAGAAAGAUGAGUCGUUCGAUGCCUGUCGUUGUC